AUGCUACUGUUUUUCGACAACUACAUCGUUCAACUCAACAGGAGAGCUCUGAGAAGCCGCUUCAUGAAGCAGAACUUGAACGAAGGUCGUGCGCUUCUCGUAGGCAAACUCGAAAACGACCAGGUCCGGUUACCUGAGGUGGUCGCCCUGGCCUUAUCUGAAUCCCUUGAUCUUCAUGGUAUCUCUUCUGAUACAUCAAUACGCAAUAUGUUUGAUGUUUCGUAUAUUGAUGAAGGUAUGUUUGUUGUUAUUAAUCAAUUGUCAGUACAAACCAUUUUGACUUUGGACUGA